CUCUCUUGUUCAUAAACUAAUUAAGACGAUGGAUAGAGAAAACCAGAAUCAAUUCGGAAGCUCCCCAUUGAUUAGUAUCUGUGAGGAAGAAUUUGAUGAAGCUGGAAGUGAGAGAAAGUGUGAAAAGAGUAUUACGAAAAAUGAAAUUCUUGAAGAAGUAAAAAAGCAGUUAUGUCUAGCAGGGCCAUUAAUGGCUGUGAGUCUAUUGCAGAAAUUUGUACAGGUCAUAUCUUUGAUGUUUGUUGGUCAUCUUGGUGAGCUAUCUCUCUCUGCAGCUUCCAUGGCCAAUUCCUUUGUAUCGAUGACCGGUUUCAGCUUGUUGGCAGGGAUGGCAAGUGCAUUGGACACAUUAUCAGGGCAGUCAUUUGGAGCAAAGCAAUAUCAUAUGCUAGGCAUACACAUGCAGAGAGCUAUGUUUGUUCUUUUACUCGUCAGCAUACCCCUUGCCAUAACCGUCGCAAAUACAAGAUCUAUUCUAAUUUUUGUGGGCCAAAAUGCAGAUAUAGCAGCAGAAGCUGGAAAAUUUGCACAUUUUUUGAUCCCGGGCAUUUUUGGCAAUGCAAUUCUUGCUUGCCAAAUAAGAUUUUUACGAACACAGAACAUAGUCGUGCCGAUGGUGCUUAUCGCCGGAUUCACCACUUUACUCCACAUUUUUACAUGUUGGUUUUUGCUGUUCAAGUCUGGACUUGGUAAUAGAGGAGCUGCUUUAGCAAAUUCAAUCUCCUAUUGGAUCAAUGUUAUAUUGUUGGCACUCUAUGUGAAAUUCUCUCCUUCAUGCUCAAGAACCUGGACUGGCUUUUCCAUGGAAGCCUUGCAAAACUGCUUCUCUUUUCUUGGACUUGCUAUUCCUUCAGCUUUCAUGACCUGCUUGGAGUUUUGGUCUUUUGAGCUGAUGGUUUUAUUAUCUGGUAUCCUUCCCAAUCCAGAAUUAGAAACCUCUGUGCUUUCUAUCAGCCUGAAUAUAUCUACAAUAGUUUGGAGGAUCCCAUCAGGCCUUGGUGGCGCUGUGAGUAUAAGGAUUUCAAAUGAACUAGGAGCAGGACAUCCAAGAGCAGCACGUUUAGCUGCUUAUGUAGUAACAAUGAUGGGAAUGAGUCAGGGUGUAGUUGUAGGUGUAGUGCUUAUAUUGACUCGCAAAGCCUUGGGUUAUGCUUAUAGCAGUGAGAUUGAAGUGGUCAAAUAUGUAGAGGCAUUGAUUCCCAUACUUGCCACAGCAAACUUUGUAGAUGGCAUCCAGUGUGGUCUAUCAGGCAUUGUUAGAGGUUGCGGUUGGCAGAGGAUUGGUGCUUUUGUUAAUCUGGGAUCCUAUUACCUGGUGGGAAUUCCAUCAGCCAUUUUGUUUGCAUUUGUCUUUCAUAUGGGAGGAAAGGGACUGUGGUUGGGGAUUAUAGGAGGACUUAUUGUUCAAGUCUCAUUUUUUGUUGCUGUUACCAUACGCACCAACUGGAAGCUACAAGCAAAGAAGGCUACAGAGAGAGUCUGCGAAGGAACUUGAUAACUCCUGCUUGAA